GUCACAAGGAAAUCAGCAUGAAAGUGGUCAUGUGCUAGGUAUACUCUAAUAUAAAAGGAUUAAAGGAGGCAGAAAACAACUCCUUCCAGUGUGUUUAUGGGAUUAACAAAACAUGAACCAUAAAACAAACUAGAGCUUGCCUCAUUUAAAUCUAGCAACUUGUAAAACACAUUACACUUCAAGGCAGACGCUACGUAAUUUCUACAACCUAGGAGCAGCGCAUUAUGUCUUACCACAGCAUUUGGUGGCUUUGUAUGUUGGUACUGGUGAUACCUGCUAACAAACUGGUUUCUGCGCAAUUUCCUCGUCAAUGUGUAACUCCUCAGGCGCUACUUAAUGGAGAGUGUUGCCCAGGACUCUUUCCUAGACAGUCCCCUGACCCUAACGAUCAAUGUGGCUCUACAUUAGGCAGAGGACAAUGUGUGCCUAUUACUGUGGACUCCAGGCCUCAUGGACCCCAGUAUCAACUUGAUGGACUUGAUGACCGGGAGCGCUGGCCUAUACGCUUCUUUAAUAGGAGUUGCAGGUGCAAUGGUAACUUCUAUGGCUACAAUUGUGGUAGCUGUAAGCCUGGAUGGAUGGGGGACAAUUGUGAUCAGAAAGUAGAAGUAGUCAGGAGAAAUGUAUUGGAUUUGUCUCCAGAAGAAAGACGAAGUUUUAUUAAUACUUUAAACCUGGCAAAGAACACUAUUCAUCCUGUGUAUGUCAUAGCUACGAGGCGAUAUUCAGAGAUCAUAAAUCCUGAGUCAAACACAACAAACUUUGAAAACAUCUCCAUCUAUGACUUUUUUGUGUGGACUCACUACUAUUCUGUUAGCAAAACAUUUAUUAAUCCAGAGCAAGGGAGUGCUGGAGGAAUUGACUUCUCUCAUGAAGGUCCAGCUUUCCUCACAUGGCACAGAUACCACUUAUUCCAACUAGAGCGUGAUAUCCAGGACCUGCUUAAUGACCCCUCUUUUGCCCUUCCCUACUGGAAUUUUGCUAUUGGUGGGAAUCAGUGUGACAUUUGCACUGAUGAUCUUGUUGGUGCAAGAAGCAAUUUUGACAUCAAUCUGCUUAGUCCUAACUCAGUCUUCUCUCGGUGGCAAGUUGUGUGUCAAUUUGUAGAAGAUUAUGAAUCGCUAGGAACCAUCUGCAAUACUACAGCUGGUGGUCCUAUUAGAAGAAAUCCUGCAGGGAACACUGCAAGACCAAUGGUGCAAAGGCUUCCUGAGCCAGAAGAUGUUGCCUUAUGCUUAGAAGUGAAUAUGUUUGAUACACCACCCUUCUUUUCCAACUCCUCCGAAAGCUUUCGAAAUUCUAUUGAAGGCUACAGUGAGGCAUCUGGAAGGUAUGACCCCUCAGUGAGAACACUUCAUAAUCUGGCUCAUUUAUUCCUAAAUGGAACAGGAGGACAGACCCAUUUGUCUCCAAAUGACCCAAUAUUUGUACUUCUGCACACAUUUACUGAUGCUAUAUUUGAUGAGUGGCUAAGGAGACACAAUGCCGAUUCUUCCCAAUAUCCACUGGAAAAUGCCCCCAUCGGCCACAACAGGCAAUACAACAUGGUUCCUUUUUGGCCUCCAGUAACAAAUAUUGAGAUGUUUGUAACUGCACCCGAAAAUCUUGGCUAUUCUUAUGCUGUUAACUUCCCAGGACGUGCAUUCACCAUAACUGAGAUCAUAACAGUUGCAGUUGUAUCCGCUUUAGUAUUUGUUGCAAUCCUGUUUGCGGGCACUUCUUGUUUGAUCCAUCGCAGAAAAAAGAAGAAUGAGGUACAUCAGCCUCUACUUGGUGAACAACAUCCUCGAUAUGCUGAUGAAAAGGAGAAUUCUCAAUCUGUCUAACUUGGUUAGAGUCCAACUUUAAUGCAAUUGUAUUUUUAAAACUACCCCAUGAAACAUCACUUUUUUUUUUUAUAUAUUUAGAAAUUCUAUGAGGCUUCUCUGUUCAAUAAAGACAUUACUAGUAUGUUAUGUAAAAUACACUAUAGAAUAGUAACAGUAUAAAUAAAUGCCAAAUGAUUAGUUGAAAUGUGUCCUUAAUGUCUAGUUGCUUUUGUAGUAUGGGGCUUAUCUCUAACCAUAGGAUAAAAUGUGCACAAAUCUUUCCUGUUUACAAAGUAUAUUUUGUAUACUGUUGAUAAAAUAUAUUUUAUGAAGUAUUUAUAUUUAGACAUAAGGGGCAAGAGUUUUUCAGUGAAUUCUGUAGUGUGAAAAUCAGUCUGCACAUUGAGCUCUAUUUAAAACAAAAUAUGAAAAUCUUCAAAUAAAAAACAAUUUCAAAGUC